GCCGGCCAGAGCGCCGGUUCUUCACCCACAAGCGCGGCAAGAUAGCAGCUUGGGCAGCAUUCGUACUCUCACUGGUCAUCAACAUUCCUGGCUUCAGAAACCCCGUCGUUGCUCCUGUUGAUUUUGGCAUUCCAGGUCAUUUGCUUCGUCGUGGCGCUCGUGACGAUCGCCCUGUGUUACGGCAAAGUCUACACGACUAUCAAAAAACACACCAAAGUCGGCUUCAAAAGUACCACUCGAGAUUGCAGCGUCUCUCGAUUAGCCGACAAAUCGUCGAUAAGGCUGCCGGAUUCCGAAUCCCCAAAUGUCGAACCGAACAUUCCUGCUGUCGCUUCCGUGUCAAUGUUAAUCAGUAAACCAUGCUCGAGCACGGUAGCUGAUGCUAGCAGAAUGACACAAAGCAAGGGAGCACCGAGCCGCGAAAUUGACCAUUCAAUCCCCGACGAAAGCGGGAAACGACUGGACAGUCACACAGUUGUGAUCGGGACCAAUGAAACUCGACAACACCAAGGUAAUGGCGGACGCAUACCACCCAAGGCAGAUGCAGCAGUUUUACAGCGUAAGACAACCAGUAUUCUCUUCAUCACCAGCGUUGUGUUUCUCCUGACCUGGCUACCCUACUGGAUCCGUGUUGCCGGUACAUUUGCUUCAUACUCUGACCCAGUGUUCCAUAUGAUCUUCAGGCAUCUCUUCGUAACGCUUUACGUCAACAACGCCGUGAACCCAUUGAUCUACGGACUUGCCAACAGACGGUUCAGGAAAGACUGCAAGGCAUUUCUCAAUAAGAGUAAGCUUUGUUAGAAUGACACUAUAGUUAACGCGGUUCGUUGUCUUUACGCACUUGAUCUCUUG